AUGCCUCCUCUUAUUAAUGUUUACAGUAUUCAUGAUCCCUUCGCCCGUGCUGCUUUUUACCGAAGAUUUCCCAUUGCUGUUUUGACUCAAGCACUUGAAAACCGAACUCCGAGUGAACAACGAAAUUUGAUUGGUGAGACUCUCUACCCUUUGGUGGAAUCACUUGUGCCAGUUUUUGCAGCAAAAGUCACAGGAAUGCUUCUUGAGCUAGACCGAACCCUAAUCUUUAAGUUGAUAGAAUCACCAGAAGCCCUGAAAGAGAAGGUUACUGAAGCAAUGGAUGUUUUAUUCAAGAGCCUGGUUUCCCCAACAGAUAAAGCUAGACGAGCAAGAUGUUGGGGAGUUCCGGGCAGCCAUGCUCCUAUUUAA